CCAGCCCAAACUGCGCACCUUCAAUCUUCCGUCGUCUCAACUCGCACAAAAAAAUCUCCAAUUUUCUCGCAAGGAGCCACUGCAAAUGGCAAAAACUCUGAUAUGGCGACCGUAUAUUCUUUCCUCCACACGCCCCCAUCGCCAUCACUCUCUCCUCCAUCACCAAGCUCUUCCUGCAUCAUCCCUUCUCCAGCCCCCGAAACGACGCUUCGUUUCGCACUUCGCAAUCCUUCCAAACAAAACCGAAACGAACUUCCUGUUUUGGUCUCGCAUCCACGACAGAAAAACGAAGCUUCAAAUUGAAAGCGAUGACUAUAAGUUAUCAAAAUUAGGUUUUGGUUUCGCUGGUAGCCGUGGACUCACUGUUAGAGCCACUGACGUCAAUGAUGCCGGGUCUAUUGACUCGCCUCUCAUGCAAUCCAUGGAAAGGAAGAUUAAGGAGGAACUAAAUGCAGAAUCAGUCACCGUGAAAGAUGCAUAUGGAGAUGGUCGGCAUGUGAGUAUUGAUGUUAUCUCUUCAGCCUUUGAAGGACAGUCGGCUGUUAAUAGACAGAGGAUGGUUUACAAAGCCAUUUGGGAGGAGCUUCAGAGCACAGUGCAUGCAGUUGAUCAGAUGACUACCAAGACCCCCUCUGAAGCAGCAGCUCAGAAGUGAUUAAACAAUAACCUCAACGUCAAUUUAGAGACAAAUGUUCUCUAUUGAGUGUUCUUGUAGCUUGACAUAGAAAGAACACAUUUGAAUUCCAUUUUAUCUGAGUUACUUUUGGAAGAAUUCUGCAAAUGUUAAGACCCAAAGUAAGGAAAUAAGACAUUACUCGUUACUAGUUGCCAUGCGCCUAUGACUUUAA